AUGGAUUCACAGGAGGGCAGAUCAGAUGAUGCUGAAAAGGAACAUGCGGCUAAAAAGUUACUGGUGGAAAGCUGUGAGAAAGAAGGACUGGAUGCAGAAUACUGGCUCCCAAAACUUUUGGAGAUACUGGGGGUUAAGUCCAGAGAAGCUCUGAAACAUCUGCAAUAUGAAGACUACCUUAAGCUGGAAUGUGAAGUACAGUAUCCCUGGGAGAAAAAGGCGCUCCAACAACUGCUGGAAAUAACAGACAAGAAGACAACUGUUGAGGAGCUGCAGAAGCAGCGCCUGGAGAUGACAAAACAGAGGCAAGAAGCAGCCAAGUUAGCCCUGACGGAGUUGAAAGAAAUGCAGAAAAGCAGCAGCCACAGCAAGGAAUGUAUAAGAAAGAAAGAGGAGGUGCUCUGGAAAGCCUUGGACAUUCCUCAAGAGCUCUGGACACUACCUGAGAAGACAUUAGUGGAGGGGUUGGAGAGGAUACAAAAGCAACUGGAACAGCAGGAGGAAUCAGUGGGUAGGAGUGAGAAUGUCUCCGAUAAGGAAGUCCUGAGGCGAGCAUCAGGGGGACUGGCUCUGCAGGGCAUUUACAGAACUAACAGCCUUGCAGACAUGCUGGCAAAGCGAGAGCAGCUCAUCAACAUUCCUGAUGGAUUCAAGCUCACUGGUCCAGAACAAGGGUCACUGCUUGAGAAGAAAGAGUUUUCAUCCUCUUCAGCAGAAGCCACUUUUACCAAGUCCAUGGAGCAGCUGGGGUUCAGCCUCAGCAUUGCAGCCAAAGCCGGGUUCUGGGGUUCUAGUGUUGAAGGUGGUGUAGAUUACAGCAGCUCCUCACAGUCAGAGCAAACUCACCAGUCAUGCUCCGAGCAGGCAUACCUUUGCACCACUAAGUACCAGUACAUCCCUCUGGCCUCCUGCUACUUCCAGAAGCAUCAGCUUCACCUCUCGGAUGCGGCCCUGCAGGAGCUGCAAGACAUUGAGCAACUUCUGAGCAUCACUGAGGAAGCAAACAGGAUCGACAUGCUGAAAAGCAGGUGUGGGAGCUUCUUCAGGAGAUUUGGGUCCCACGUAAACCAGGGCCCCCUACACUUUGGGGGAAUAUUCUGGUGGAAAGCAUCUACAGAAGGGUUCAGGGCUGAGCAGCAGGAAGAGAUGAAAAGACAAGCAUCUGAAGCACUGAAUGGCUACAUACAGGCCAGCUAUAGUGGCCUUUGUGUCAGUGCAGGAUUGAGCGCUGAUAUUUCAAAAUACAGUUCUGAGGCAUCAUUUCAGGGAAGAGAUGGAAGAGAUGCACAGAAAACAAUUCAGCUAUUUGUGACCAAAACAGGAGGCCCAUCAGAAGUGGAUUCCUUUGCUCAGUGGAAAUCUGGGAUAGUAACUAGUAACACAACUUGGUGUAUUAUUGACCGAGGCUUUCAUUUGAUCCCAGUGUGGGAUGUAGUCCUGUCUAACCACAGCAACGAUUUUAAAUCUGCUCAUCGAAUGAGUAGCAACCUCCGGGCUGCAUAUGAAGCUCUAACUAAUCACAAGGUCAGCAUGCUGUUUGGAGAGGAACUAGUCAGUGCAAUGGAAGAGACCAGAGCUUUCCUAGAGGCAGUGAAGGCCUGGGAGGCCACAGUGGAUGAAAACAAAUUACUCAUGCUGAUAGAUUUCAAACAGAAUCUGAAUGAAAAAACAAAAAAUCAUAGUGUCUGGAUCAAUGCGUGCCUGUCAGACAAAGCACUGCAGGAGUUUCUGGUAAAUACCGUUUUGUCUUGCCAGAAGUCACCUUCGGAAAAUACCUCGUAUAUCAAAUCUCUGCUGAGAUGCCUGCUGGAUCCUCAUGUGUAUUCUGUUAAGGAUUUUCCUAGGACUUCUUUUAUUAUGCAAUGGAUCUUUCACACUGAGCGCACAAUUCCUGAAACUCCCAAUAUUUCUGAUUUUGAAGAUCUCAGUAAGACACUGCUGCAAAUGAAAGAUUACAUCCAGGAAGUUACCUAUGCACCAGCAGCCUCUGCAUCUGCUAUUCAUGAAGCAAAGAUAAAAGCCACUCUGACCAUAAGCCUAUCUGUUUAUUCCUUACUCCAGUUUCUCCAAGACAGGGGGCAGAAAGACAUAGAACUGUUAGUGAUUUUAGUUAUGACUAGCACAGGAUACCAAGUGGAAAGCAACACUUUCCAGUACCUCCUCGGAUGUCCAGAAAUUAAUUACAUUAUAAAGGAAAUGCAAACAGCACAUAAAGAAUAUCUGAGUCUCAAAGACCAGGAUGUUUACAGAGCUCAGGCCUUCCUGCUGCUGACGGGUCUAACUGUAACACCCAAAUAUAAAGAGCUAUCUUUUGAGCAGAAGCAUGACCGUUUAGUUGUCAUGAAAGAUCAAAUGAAAAAUUCAUGGUCCACAGAGAUAAAAACUCUCCUUGAAAAGCACAAUGCAAACAAAGACUGGGAGAUGCUGGAAAAAGACUUGCAUUCUUUUAUCAGUGGAUGCUUGGAUGACACAUUAGAUGAUCUGAAAAAACACAAUAUAAUCAAAGACAUGGAAGACACUUUUCAAGGAAUAAAACCUUCUAGUCAAUCUAUAUCAAAAUCUGAGCAGAAAUCUUGCAGUGAAUCCAAAAUAAAUGAAGUAUCUGCAACCCUGGAGUUCCUCAAUUUACUCAGGUGCCUUGGAUUAGAAAGUUACUAUCCAAGAAAAAUGGGGACAGAAGAUUUCCACCUAAUACACAAGAUAUCUUUACAUGACAGCCAGCCCAGCAAGGACAAUGAACUACCAUUUUAUUUCUUGCAAAAGCUAUUAAUGGUGGAUUAUCAGGUGAGAUACCUAGUUUGCAAAGAUGGAAGUAACCAGGAAGUAACACAAAAAAAAAUCCCAGAAAAUGAGCACGAACCCUCUGACACCUUUGAUGAUUUUUUCACUGAUUUUGGUGAAGGAUCCACUGAGUCUGCAAACAGAGAAAGUCAUGUGCACCCCAUGGACCUCCAGAUGGCAAUUUUUCAUUGUGCUGAUGAUUUCAUGAGACAGUACAUUUCAACAAAGCUCGCUUUUUGCCAGUUUGCGCUUCCCCUCCUAGUACCAAAUCCAUGCACCUCACAGAUAGAGUUCCCUCUCUGGUCCCUCAGCCAAAUUAAAAAGAGCUGGAAAGGGACGGAAAAGUUGGGAAAGCAGACCACAAUUAAGAAUCACAAAACCAAACUGAUUUACCAGGCAGACACACCCAUUGUGUCCUUCAUACGGAUUGGGAGUUCUCCUUCCUCUUCCAAGUCGCAGAUCCUGAAUGCUCUGCUGAAUAAACACAAACACGACACUUUCUUCCAUCGACACUGCAAAGGCAGCACCAAAGACUGUCUUCUGAUGAAAGGUGUUGUGGAGAUCUCUUGGUACUGUCCCAGUGGAAGAAAUGAUGACACUUUUGACUGCUGUGUUGCUUUCUGUAAUCUGCAUGGAGAUGCAAAAGACCAUGAUCCACAAUUGCAGUUUUUACAGGAGAUAUCUUCUGUGAAUGUGGUUCUCUUAUCUGAGUCUGAUCAGAGUGACAAGAAAGGCAUGAAAAUUUUACGUGACCUGUGGCAGUCUCAAAAGCCUUUUAUUUGUCUUUUAACUGAGAAAGAGAAUGUUGCACCUAGCCGAUCUAGUCAGAACAUAAAAAUAGGCAUCAAGAACAGAAAUGAAGCAGAAUUAAUAGGUGAACUGAUAAAAACAAUCAGAGACCUACUAGCAGGGUCAAACAACCUUUUAAGUCUUGAUGCCUGUCAGGACAUAGCUCGCCAGUAUGGAUUCAUUAUUGAUGAAGAUGCAGAAGAGUGUGUGACAGCCAAAGCAAAGGCGAAGACAUUGGUGCAACUCUUGAAAAAAGAGAAAUUGUCUGAGAUUAAAUCACAGCUAUUGCCCCUUCAAGGAAAACUAUGGUACACAUGGUGUACAAAGGACAAAGAGCUCACCCGUUUGCAGGAAAAAAGGAACAAGAGCAUAGAACAUCAUCGGAGCCAAAUUCAGUCAGAGAAGUCUGCAAUACGAAGAAAGCAACUGGAUAGAGCGUUCCCCCUCAAUCAGUUGAUGAAAUCAGUCCUUAGCUUUCUCCAGUCAGAGUCAGAAGAUACCAAGAAAUACUUCCUGCAAUGGAUGAAGGUCUUUAUGGAUGACUUGACCUCUGACCGUCUUGAGGAACUUAAGAAAGCAUAUCAUCAGUUAUGGCAUCAAAUCCUGGCAACAAAGAAAAGUAAUGAACAAAACAAUCUGAAAACUCUAUUGAUGAAUAAGUUAGAAGCGCUCUCAAAUGAAAUCAAUGAUUCAUCCAUUGGUCUUGAGCACAUUUUGAGAGAGGUAGGGCAGAUUCAUGAAGCUCUAAACUCAAUGAACUCAAAAGAUGAGUGUUUUUACAAACUACCUGAAAUUGCAGCUGAUCUGAUGGUUUCAGGGUAUCCAAUUGAACUGAUGGAUGGUGAUGCUUCCUAUGUACCAUUACAAUGGAUCGGGGCAAUCUUUGACAAAUUAAUUGAAAAGCUAGGGGACAAAAGAGUGUACGUUCUUUCAGUGCUUGGCAUCCAGAGCACAGGGAAGUCAACCCUGCUCAAUGCCAUGUUUGGUCUUCAGUUUAAUGUCAGUGCGGGGAGGUGCACCCGCGGAGCGUUUAUGCAGUUGCUUAAGGUGGAUGAGAAACUCCAACAGGAUGUGAACUUUGAUUACAUGCUGAUCGUUGACACAGAAGGACUUCGUGCCAUAGAGGUGGCCAAUAAACAGUCACUUAAUCAUGACAAUGAGCUAGCCACCUUUGUCAUUGGCAUCGGCAACAUGACUCUGAUCAAUAUCUUUGGAGAAAAUCCUUCAGAAAUGCAAGAUGUCCUGCAGAUAGCUGUGCAGGCUUUUCUGCGGAUGAAGCAAGUCAAUCUCUCCCCAAGCUGCUUGUUUGUGCACCAAAACGUUGGAGAAAUAACUGCAAAGGAGCAAAACAUGGAAGGACAAAGACGCCUGCAGGAAAAGCUGGACAAAAUGACACUGACAGCUGCCCAGCAGGAAUUCUGUGAUGCCACCUGCUUCAGCGAUGUCAUCCGCUUUGACGUGAACACCCACAUUCAUUACUUUGCUCACCUCUGGGAAGGAAACCCACCAAUGGCACCACCUAACCCCACUUACAGCCAAAACGUGCAAGAGUUAAAGAGUAAAAUUCUCCAAGCUGCCAAGAAGGAAUCACAGGGCAGUAUAUUAAGGCUCUCGAGCUUGAAAGUUCGUAUUAGUGACUUGUGGAAUGCCUUGCUAAAUGAAAAUUUUGUUUUUAGCUUCAAGAAUUCUGUGGAAAUUGCCACAUACAAGAAACUGGAAACAGUAUUUAGCCAGUGGACCUGGCAGCUGAGAAGUCACAUCCUGGAUUUGCAAAUGAAACUGGACAAUCGAAUUCGGAAUGGGGAAUUGCAGAGGAUCACCACAGAACACCUUGAAAAACCAGCAGGAAAGAAAAAUGCCGCCAUCAUGAAAGAAUUGGAACAGUAUUUCAGUGAAGACAAAGACUGUGAGAUACUUGUUCAGUGGAAAUCCAACAUUGAAUUGAAGCUGAAGGAACUGAAAGAGUCACUUCUUGCUGAAACUAGAAGGAAAUGUGAAAAACUUAUUGAAUUAAAGAAGAAUCAGGGUAUACUGGAUGAAAGGAAGUCACAAUAUGAAAACGAGCUCCUGAAAAGGAGCAGGGAGAUGGCUUUAUCUUUAAAAGGCCAGGAAUUAAGUGAAAAAGAACUGAGAAAGAAUUUUGAUGCUCUCUGGCUCGUCUGGGUUACUGAAGUAUCCUCUGCUGCUCCACCUCCAGAAAAGAUUAAUAUUGAUGUUGAUAUGGAAGAUGUCCUUCUAGAACAUUUUAAGGAGCCUAAUGUAGCAGCAAGAAUCAAGGUAUUUUCCAAAAAGCACACAUUUUCUGUUGACUUGCAGAAACAUGUCAUUAAGAAAAAAACUUGGGGCAUCUUGCCUACCAGUCUAGAUGAUGCUGAGGUAAGCCACAUAUAUCGCAUUACAGAUAACAUUAUGGCAUGUGUGAAGGCAAAUAUUGAUAAGAAAGAGAAGGACAAAAUGGAUUACAGUCGAAGUUUUAUUCAUGAAAUACUGAAUGAAGUACAGAACGGUAUAAAUUCUGUCCCUAGCAAUGCAAAAUAUAGUUUUAAUAAAGAUUACAGAAUAGAUUUUUCUCUGUAUCUGUGCAGAAUGGCAGCAGAAAGGUUUAAAGAGAUGCAUGAAGCAUUCAAAAAAGCAAAUGAUCCAGCCAUCUACCUAGAAAGUAAGAGAGAAGAUUUCUUUAAAUGUUUCCAGAUUUCCUGUCAAGGAGCAACUUCUAUCACAACAUUUGCUGAUUUUUUGUGCAAUAAGAUUUCUCCAGCUCUUUGCCAGGCAAUCUAUGAGAAGACAGCUCUUUCCAUAGCUCAAGACAUGAUGGUUAAAGUCCCAGAUUUUCGUAACAAUAGGUGUCAUCUGGAGCUUUGCAUAUUGAAAUACCUGGCACAAGAGGAAAAUUUUGAGAAAUUCCAGCACUACUUUUAUUUCCCAAAAGAUUUUUUUGAGGAGUAUGUGAAGAAACGUGUUGAUGAGUACUGUUUAGAUAAGAAUAGGAGGCUGGAGAUGUUCUUAAAUGACUCUCUUACUCAUUACUAUGAAAACAUUCAGUCAGCUGUUUUUACAUCAACCAGAGUUGUCAAAGAUAGAAAGAACAGAAAUGACAAAAUCUUUCUUUGGCUGGAUGAAUUCUGCAGCACACUUAGAGAGGUGCUAAACUUGCCUAGAAAGGACCUGAAAGGCAUUGAACAUCUCAGGAUAACAGACAUAGAGUUCCUGAAUAAUGCCAUGAUAGAAAAAUUGGCUCUCCUGCAAGAUGAACUUAAGCAAGGGUUUGCUAAUGCUGAUAUGAGCUCAUUUGAAAGGCAGCCACACGCAAUACUGGCUGAGCAGUUUGCAGGGUGCUGGGAGCAGUGUCCCUUUUGCGGGUCUGUUUGCACAAACACUUUGUCUAAACAUGAUGGAGACCAUCAGCUUGCUUUCCAUCGUCCUCAGGCUUUGACAGGGCGGUAUUGGCAUAAAACAAACAAUCUAGUUAUUGACAUUUGUACUAGUAGUGUUGCAAGUGAUUGUACAUUUAGGAUUGGUGAAGACACGUGGAUUCCUUACAAAAAAUACUGGGAUGCGGGGCAUCCUUAUUCUACUUGGAAAAUUCUACCUGAUUCAUCUAUGCAAUUGUACUGGAAAUGGUUUGUGUGUCAUUUCAGGACACAGCUAGAACACCACCACAACAGGAAAUUUCAAGGCAGAGGAGAAAUACCUUAUCAAUGGAAGAAAGUUACAAAGCAGGAAGCACUCUCUGAAUUGGACAAAUUUUAGGCUAAGUUGAUAUGAAGGAAGAACUGCAAGUACUCUGCGUUUUAGAUUAAUGUAAUACAUGUAUAUCCACAAAAUAUUAUUAUGAUCUCAAGCCAUGAAAAGAAAACUAACUGCUCAGAGAUUUAGGUGAAACAAGGGGUGCUACUCCUGCCCCUUCUUCCUGCUCAGUUCCAUUGCUUCCUGACAAGGUUUUCUUCCCUUCUUUCCACAAACAUUGAAUUCAGUUUUGUGCUAGAGCAAAAAGAAAAGCAUUACUGCAACAAGCAGUCAUAUGGCCAAGAUCAAGUACUAGAUGAAGAGUAAAGACGACAUUAAGAAGUGCCAAUCUUAUCAGUUGUUAUGAGAAAAUGGUACCGCCAAAAAAUAGCUUCCUUGCAGCACAUACUUGUUCCACUUAGAGAGAACUGUGGUAUCUGAGAGCAGUUCAACAGCUGUGGGGACCUGUGAUAUUUUGUCUGGAGAUUACUGUUCAUUUAUAUAUAAUCAAGUAACUUUCUGUCUUUGAAGUUGCUAAAGCAGUUAGUAUCUGUGUGGACUGAGUGAUUUAACUCAUGUAACUAGGUGUAUUUCAUGUGUUAAGGUGUAUCCAGCCUUCCACGUCCCAUUCCUACUCAGGUGCCUGGGCCCAGCUAAAUUUCCUCUGGCUCUUAGCCAAGCCAACUGCUUUUGUGAUUUUCUAGUCAUGAAGAGCCAAUUUCAAGAAUGAUACCUUUUGCAGCUUCAGCAGCAAUUGUCAGUGUGCGAUCUUAGUUUUUCUGCUAUCAAUACAGGCAGUUGUGAAUUGUGUAAUGCUAUAGAGAAUGUGCAACUGUCUCAGAUUAUACCAGUGAGCAAGGAGAUAGAUGGGUAGGCGAGUGUGGACUGUCUGCUCCACAGUUCCCACAACACAUCUGGAACUCCAAGGACCUGACACUCCUGCAGUUGGCCAAGUGUGGUGAUUUGCUAUAAUCCCUUGUAGUCUUUGAUA